AUGUUCCAACUGAGCAGCAGCUGUGUCUGUCUGACUGCCAAAGACCAACACCGAAAUAUUCAAUCAGACUCGCGCACAGCUCAUUUUCAACACGCUUUCUUCCAGACGUUGCUACGACUCACCACGCCAUCACCACCACCCUGUCGUGUUCGAGUCCGAUCAUACACCAAAACCAUGUCGGCCAUCGAGCUCAUCAACCCGAGAGCCGAGUCCGUUCGUCGAACCCAGGCUCUCCAAGUCAAUACCGCCGGUGCCAUCGGUCUCGCACAGGUGGUGAGAUCCAACCUCGGUCCUCGUGGUACCAUCAAGAUGCUCGUCGACGGCUCUGGCAACUUGAAGUUGACCAAGGAUGGCAAGGUGCUUCUCACCGAGAUGCAAAUCCAGAACCCCACCGCAGCUAUGAUCGCCCGAACCGCCGUGGCGCAGGAUGAGCAGUGCGGCGAUGGUACCACGUCGGUCGUGCUGCUCGUCGGAGAGCUUCUCAAGCAGGCGGAACGGUACAUUCAGGAGGGUGUUCACCCCCGUGUCAUCAGCGAAGGCUUCGACGUGGCCAAGACGGGGGCGCUCAAGUUCCUCGAACAGUUCAAAAAGGCGCCCGAGAUGGACCGUGCUACGCUGAUCAAAGUGGCCACCACCUCGCUCUCAACCAAGCUGCACGCCAAGCUGGCCACCCAGCUCGCCGCCGACAUCGUCGACGCCGUGCUCGCAAUCAAACCUGCCACCACCUCCACCAUCGAAGCGCCCGCCCCUACCGCCGACGGCUCGAGCGAAUCCGUCUCGGAGUGGAACAUCAAAGACCCCAUCGACCUACACAUGGUCGAGAUCAUGAAGAUGCAGCACAAGACCGAGACCGACACCCAGCUCGUGCGCGGUCUCGUCCUCGACCACGGUGCCCGCCACGCCGACAUGCCCAAGCGACUCGAGAACGCCUUUGUGCUGACGCUCAACGUAUCGCUCGAGUACGAAAAGACAGAGGUCAACUCGGGCUUCUUCUACUCCUCCGCCGACCAGCGCGAGAAGCUCGUCGAAAGCGAACGCAGGUUCGUCGAUGCCAAGCUCAAGAAGAUCGUCGAACUCAAACAGGCCGUCUGCGACGCACCUACCGAGGGGAGCAACGAGAAGAAGAAGACCUUUGUCAUCUUCAACCAAAAGGGAAUCGAUCCCAUGUCGCUCGACAUCUUGGCCAAGAACGGUAUCUUGGCAUUGCGAAGGGCGAAGAGGAGGAACAUGGAGCGUCUGCAACUGUGCUGCGGUGGUGUUGCACAGAACUCGGUCGACGACCUCACACCCGAUGUGUUGGGGUACGCCGGGUUGGUGUACGAACACACUCUCGGCGAGGAAAAGUAUACGUUUGUCGAAGAGUGUCAGGAUCCGAAAUCCGUCACUCUGCUCAUCAAGGGACCUAACGCGCACACCAUGUCUCAGAUCCAAGAUGCCAUUCGCGACGGACUACGAUCGGUGAAGAACGCCAUUGAAGAUACGACGUUGAUCGCAGGAGGAGGGGCGUUCGAGAUCUCGGCAUGUCAGUACCUCUCGUCAGAAGUGAAGAAGUCGGCUAAGGGAAGGGCCAAGUUGGGAGUGCAAGCGUUUGCAGAUGCCAUGUUGGUGAUUCCCAAGACGCUGGCGAGCAACUCCGGGUUCGACGUGCAGGACUGUCUGGUAGCGCUGCAGGAUGAAGCUGCCGAGGGAAACGUCGUCGGGUUGGACGUCCAGACCGGCGAGCCGAUGGAUCCCAUCAGCCAGGGCAUCUGGGACAACUACAGGGUCAAGAGACACAUGCUUCACAGUUCAGCGGUCAUCGCUUCCAACUUGCUCAGCGUAGACGAGAUCCUGCGUGCCGGAAGAAGCAGCUUGAAGAGCGAAGGUCCCAUGGGUUAA